UUUUUUUUGUUGGUGGGAUGGCUUCUUUCACUUCAUUUAAUUUGGCUAAACAAUUAUUAACUUCUGUUCCAAAGUUGGCUAGGAGCUAUGCCACUCCAGCCUCUACUAAAGCUGUUAAGGUUCCUUUAGCUCUUCAUGGUAUUGAAGGUCGUUAUGCUACAGCAUUAUUUGGAGCUGCCUCUAAACAACAAACACUCGAAAAGGUUGAAGCUGAACUUAGUAAGAUUAAGAUAGCGAUUGAAAAAGAUUCUAAAAUUCGUAAUUUUCUUGAAGACCCUUCUUUAAGUCGUAAAAAUAAGAAAGCUAGUAUAGAAGCCUUGUUAAAAGAUGGAAAGUAUUCCGAGACUACUAAAAAUUUUUUCGUAGUUUUGGCUGAAAAUGGUAGACUUCCUGUAACUACAAAAAUCAUUAAUUCAUUUCAAUCAUUAAUGGUUGCUAAUCGUGGCGAAGUUCCCGUUACAAUUAUCACUGCCAAGGAUCUUGAUCCUAAUAUUUUGCGUCGACUUGAAAAAUCCUUGACUAAUUUCCUAGAUCAAGGUCAAAAACUUAUUGUUACGAACAAAGUUAACCCAUUGAUUCUUGGUGGUUUAGUGGUUGAAAUUGGAAACGAUAAGACUAUUGACUUGUCUGUUUCUUCCAAGCUUGCUAAACUCAAUAAAUUGUUGACAGAUGCUAUCUAAUCCUCAUAAUAUUUGAGAAAAUUAACAAAUUGUAAUAUUAAAUAUUUUAUUUACACGAAUAACAAGUUUUUUUUGCGGAAUCACCUUCUCAUAACAAAAUGAAUUUUGUAAUAAGUUCUAAUGACUUAAGACUAUAUAAUAUAAAAUACAAUUACAAAAUUAUUGAAGAAGAAUAAUUCCAUAAUAAUUCUUCAAUG